GUGGUAGAGGCUUUCAAAGAGGAAGCACACAGCCUAUGAAAAGCCCGGAGUCUGCGAGUGGGGUGGAGACUGUCUCAUCCAUGAAAUCACCCCAUUGUGCUAUAGCUGCUGUGGCUUACUGAAUUAGGGUUUUCCUACAGCAGGAGGACAUUUUUCUGUCAGCACAAACGUCAAAAACAAAUGUCUCAACUAUUACAGCAGAGGAACUUCCAUUCAUCAAAGCAAUGAGAACAGCAAAACAUGUUACGGAAGCUGUGCUGUGUUAUUCUACUCAUGAUCCAGAGGGAUACAGAAAGUACACGGGUGAUUGGAGGACGCAGGACUGUGGUACAGGGGGAGGAUGUGGAUUUAUCCUGCAGACUGAUAGAGACAACUGAGGAUCUCGAACAGAUAACAUGGCAGAAAAGUACUUGGGAAGAAACACAGAACCAUCAUUUUAUGCUGAUUUAUCCCAAUGGGGUUACUAAGUUUAUUGCACAGAAUGGAUUGGUAGGUAGAGUCCAAUUUAUUGGGAACCCAUCGGAAAACCUUGGAUCUAUUCGAAUAACAGCUGUCAGACUGUUUGAUGAAGGCACCUCCACAUGUAUCUUCAGUGUUUUCCCCCGUGGAGCAUACACUACAGAGAUACCCCUGACUGUGCUUGUUCCUCCAGUGGUGAAUGUGACAGUUGAUGUUCCUCCUGUCAUUGGGGAGAAUGAGGUUGUCUUGGCAACCUGUGUGGCUGCUGGUGCCAAGCCACAGGCAGAAGUGACGUGGAAGACAGGUACAUUGGGCAGUUUGUUGAGGAUAGUGACCAACUCUACCCAGCACGACAACGGAACCACCACAGUACUCAGCCACCUGCUCGGGGUGCCAACCAGAGCAGCCAAUCAGCAGCAGGUCCAGUGUGUGGUCAACCAGUCUGCCCUGGUAACAGAAAGGAGCUACAACUACAACUUAGACAUCCACUAUCCACCUCAGUCAGUGAACAUCACCCUUAGUGAGGCCUCUAAAACCACAGUCUUACUAUGUGUAACAGAUGGCAACCCACAUCCCAACUACACCUGGAGCAGAGUGGUCCAGCCAUGGCCUGGGUCUUCAGUGAAAGCAGAGGGAGACAUACUGCACUUCCUCAGUCUCAACUCUGAGCUGAAUGGUCUCUAUGUCUGUGAGACCUCCAACCCCUACGGACGAGCAACUGGCUCCAUCUAUGUACACAUAUCCUCUGAGACCUCUGCUGCCUGUUGGGUUCUACUGGUUGUCAUUCUCUCUCUGAUUGUUGCUGCGGCUGCACUCAUAUGGUACCGCUGCAAAUACAGACAGUUUCCUUGGAGUCCAAUCAUAGCCAAACAUCAGUUCCAGGCACCACAACUGUCAUAAGUUUCGUCUUCUGAUGAAGAGUAAGAAAUAUCGGACCAAUACGCAGCGUGAGGACCUGAGCCCUAGGACCGUGCCUCAGGACUACCUGGCAUGAUGACUCCUUGUUGUCCCCAGUCCAACUGGCUGUGCUGCUGCUCCAGUUUCAACUGUUCUGCCUGCGGCUAUGGAACCCUGACCUGUUCACCGGACGUGCUACCUGUCUCAGACCUGCUGUUUUCAUCUCUCUAGAGCCAGCAGUAGUGGUAGAGAUACUCUGAAUGAAAAACCAACUGACAUUUACUCCUGAGGUGCUGACCUGUUGCACCCUCGACAACCACUGUGAUUAUUAUUAUUUGACCCUGAUGGUCAUCAAUGAACAUUUGAACACAAUGUUUUGUUAUAAUCUCCACCCGGCACAGCCAGAAGAGGACUGACCACCCCUCAUUGCCUGGUUCCACUCAACGUUUCUUCCUAGAUGCUGGCCUUUCUAGGGAGUUUUUCCUAGCCACCCUGCUUCUACACCUGCAUUGCUUGCUGUUUGGGGUUUUAGGCUGGGUUUCUGUAGAGCACUUUGAGAUAUUAGUUGAUGUAAGAAGGGCUUUAUAAAUACAUUUGAUUUGAUUUGAUUUGACAAUGACCCAAAGCACAGCUUCAAACUAUGCAAUAAGUAUUUAGGGAAGAAGCAGUCAGCUGGUAUUCUGUCUAUAAUGGAAUGGCCAGCACAGUCCCCGGACCAUUUUGAGCUCUUGUGGGAGCAGCUUGACCGUAUGGUACGUAAGAAGUGCCCAUCAAGCCAAUACAACUCGUGGGAGGUGCUUCAGGAAGCAUGGGGUGAAAUCUCUUCAGAUUACCUCAACAAAUUGGAAACUAGAAUGCCAAAGGUCUGCUAGGCUGUAACUGCUGCAAAUGGAGGAUUCUUUGACAAAAGCCAAGUUUGAAGGACACAAUUAUCAUUUCACUUAAAAAUCAUUAUUUAUAACCUUGUUAACGUCUUGACUAUAUUUCCGAUUCAUGUUGCAACUCAUUUCAUGUGUGUUUUCAUGGAAAACAAGGACAUUUCUAAGUGACCCCAAACUUUUGAACGGUAGUGUAUAUAGUGCAUCAUCAGAGAGGGGGGUCCCAAGUCAUACAGAUUCUGGCCUGUUGCUGUUUUUAACUUUGUUUUUCUUAAAGAAAAUAUAUAAUUUUGUCCCAUCA